CGAGGUCGGUUCAAUUCAUUAGUCAAGGGCUAGAAAGGGUCCUCUUGGCGGGUCACAUCUCCCGUGGUCUAGCCUGCAAAUCACAGGGGGACCCAUCGUGUCCGGAGGAAAGCCCUCUGGGGUUUUUCGAUAACCAGCCCUGGACACCCUAUUGUAUCUAGCCAACCCUAUCAAGCCGCGUAACAGACAGAAAAGGCUGGCCACUUACUACCUUACUUAUUGCCUUGCAGUCCCAACAUAAAUCAUCCCUGCUUUGUGUGGGUUGAUCAGCUACUAGGAUACCUUGACAUUUCGUCAUGAUUUUAGUCUUAAUGCUGGCUCCUAGUCCAUGAGCUGAACCCUCCUCCAGACGACCAGAUAGAUAGACAUAUUACUGGGGGGAACUCUUUGUCAUCUCGUUACCGGGUUUCGGAGUCUUUAAGCAACCUUCCUAACGCUAUUUAUUCCCCGUUGCUGCUAGUCCUCUCAGACAAAUUAGGACAUAACGAAUCCAUCAGCACUACUGUCUGAUCCUGCUGGAUCAGUACUUACACUUAAUUACCUUCAGUGUCACUUCCACUUCUUGGAUCUGCGAUGCUUUGAACUCCUACGCCUUAGUCAAGAAGAAACAUAAGACAUCUGUGGCCUGUGUUACAUUUAAUCUCAUUCUUAUUUCUGACCUCGAAUUGUUUAUUUUCCCACAUUGUUGCUCCUACUUACUGUUGACACCACCUCGCCAUCAUACACCUUUCGUCAUGUCAGGAACGGCUUCUCCACGCAGCGGUCGACCGCUAACAACAUCGUAUGUCGACUUGAUGAAGCCAGAUGAGGACUGGAGGAAUCUACCCGAUGCAGCUGAGCGGAGGAAAAUUCAGAACCGCCUUGCCCAACGGGCAUAUCGGCGUAAUAUGAGGGAUCGAACCAAGGAGGUAGAGAGGUUGAAGAAGCAAUUACAGCAACUCCAGCAAUCCAUGAGUACAGACCCUUCGACCACGCCGCCGCCUGAGCAUGAGCUCCCUUCUGGCGGAAGGAGUCCUUCCAGUCUAGCAGACGUACACGCUCAGGCCUCCGACGUGACAGCAUCAGCAACGACACCCAAUGGAACACGACGAAUGAGCGAUUACCUGCAGAGUUGGCCACAUGCUUCAGGCCCGGAGCAACUCACUGGACUUGGGCUCACGGCGGAUGGAGAAAACCCGCUUGGAUUCGACACGACGUCUUAUUUUCCCCAGGUUCACGCCUCUAACGAAGUUGUCUCGGAUCUGCCUCCUACGAGCCGGCGAGCUCGUGCUGUCACGGCUAACGUUUCUUCUACAUCCGUUCAACAUCCCCACCAUCUACGGAGUCAUAGCCAUACUAUACCUCCGAUUUACACAUCUAGCUGCCAUAGCCCUAUGCCGUGGGGACAGGGCACAGCAGAUAGCCACGAAGGACUCCGAGUAUCUACAAGCUUCAAUGUCUACAGCAAUCCGGAGGACAUUUCCAUGUACCACCCAGAAUCAGCAUACUCUUUAGACGACGGAGUAACGCAUAGCACCAAUGCGUAUGCAACUUCGCCAGAUUCACCUUUGAACAGCCCCACAGGCUGGUCACCGCUAGGUCGAAAGUCGAGCGGUGCACGACCCAGCAAUUCAUCACUAACGUCGGCUUUCUUGACAUCCGCUAGCAGCGUUGGCGAUGGUGUUACCGAUCUUCAGCACCCAGAUUCAUUCCCAGAGACUACAGCACCACUGUUACAUUUCGCAGUAGCCGGUGGUCACAUCGACACACUGCGACUACUACUCCAGCGAUAUGACGUCAAUGUAAAUAGUCGCGAUAAUGCGGGUUACACAGCUUUGCAGCGUGCAGUCAUGGCUGGACGCACCGAUAUGGCGGCCACGCUACUCGAACAUGGAGCUGUUGUCGACGGUGACGAUAGUUGGACCGCAGAACUGACAGGUCACCAUGCCAAGAUAGAAGUAUAAUGACGAGUCAAUGUCCUCAUUCAUUCAUUUCUUAUUCUUGUCUAUCUAUCCCGAAUCCAGAAUAUCCCACGCAGAGUGUACAUUUUUAUGCCCUUUUCUUCAUCCUUCGGUGUUGAGAUACUCCGCCUACUUCUGCUGUUGUACUUACCUAUUGGGGGAGUUUCGGGGGCCUUGUCAUGUCAUGCUAUGUUAUGUGUUUAUGUCUUUUUGAUCUAGCCCGUAUCGU